AUGGUAUGUUUUAUUAAUAUUGCGCCUCCUAAAAGGUUCGACUCUCAAAGAAAGCAGACAGUUUUAACUCUGUUGCAGUUUACAUCAAAAAGAAAUGAAAUAAAAGAUUUCCCCCAAUUAAUAUUAAUUAAAAAUAACUCAUUAAGUGAAAUAUUUAUAAUUGAAAAUAUUCCUCAUUAA